AUGAAGUAUCGCGGCGUUGUGUAUGAUGUGGGCCUGAAGUUCAGCGAGGAAGGAUUUUCCGUCGAGCCCUUCGAUACUGACCAGGUAUCGUAUGACAUGCGUGUUAUUUCAAAGGAACUGCAUGCCAAUGCGGUCCGGAUUGAGGGGGAGGAUAUCCAUCGACUUGAAAUUGCAACACGGCUUGCCCAUUCGAUGGGGCUCACAGUGUUCUUCAAUCCAUGGAAAAUGAACGACGGAAUAGACGGGACGCGAUCCUAUCUUCAAGACGCUGCGAAAACGGCAGAGCGCCUACGAAAAGAAGGCAUCGAUAUGGUGUUUGUUGCAGGUUGCGAGUACACGAUAUUCAGUAAGGGUGUCUUUCCCGGCGAAUCAUUCAUGGAGCGUGCAAUGUGGCUGGGUAGCCAUCUCGGGGGUAGUCAUAUAUCGGGAGAUGUCCCCACAGCCCUAGGCGAGAAGUCCCGACAACUAAACAGAGUCCUGCGGUCUUUCGUCGAAGAGGUUCGUGCCAAUUUCGGUGGGCUGCUCACGUAUUCGGCCGGUACCUGGGAAGGGGUAGACUGGGACAUGUUUGAUAUUGUUGGUAUCGAUUACUAUCGCCGAGGUGAGACCGAAGAGCAAUAUGUCACAGGCCUCGAUCGUCACAGGGUCGGCAAGCCACUCGCCGUGAUGGAGGUUGGUUGCUGCGCCUAUGAGGGAGCCGCCGAGCGCGGCGAUGGUGGCUUCAUGCUUCUGAAGGGGACGAAUUCAGACGGUAGUGGCAUUUUUGAAGAUGGCAUAGUUCCAACACGGAGUGAGCGAGAACAAGCGGACUAUCUCAGCACACAGCUCAAUCUCCUCGCUACUUCGGGUGUCCACGCGGUUUUCGUUUAUGUGUUUUCUUUCCCAUGUAUGCGAAAGGGGGAAGGAGCGAGUGACCUUGACAUGAUGUGUUUCUCCUUGGUCAAACACUACCCCGACCGGGAGCCGAGGUCUAAUUCUAUGCCGCCUUGGGAACCCAAGGAAUCUUUCCACCAAGUCGCUGAUUUCUUUCAGUCCCUGGCGGAGCCACUGUCCUCCGCUCAACCCACACACAUUUAG